AUGUCUUACAGCACUGAGGCUCAGGUCGACGAGGCGUUCGACAUCGUCUCCAACACCUUCAAAUCAAACGCGACCAAGCCGCUCGAAUGGCGCAUCAAGCAACUCCGCAAAACGUGGUGGAUGCUCCAAGAUAACCGCGAGCGCAUCGUCACGGCCCUGAACCAAGACCUCAACAAGCACCGCCAAGAGUCUCUGCCUGUCGACGUCGCCGGUAUCCAGAACGCUUGCCUCGAAGCCCUCGCCAACAUCAAAUCAUGGACCAAGGACGAGAAGCCUCGACGAACCGACCCCCUCAACCUGUUUGGCGGAGCGCGCAUCCGCAAAGAACCCAAGGGAGUGACUCUCAUCAUUUCAGCAUGGAAUUACCCGUUCAUGGAGCUCUUUGAGCCCAUGCUCUCCGCCAUUGCUGCAGGAUGUACCACCAUCCUGAAACCAAGUGAACUGGCACCCGCUUCAGAGAAGCUGAUUGCCGAAAUCGUGCCCAAGUAUCUCGACCAGAGCGCCAUUCGUGUCAUUACCGCCGGCCCGAAGCAGAUGGAUUACUUGCUGGACCGCAAGUGGGAUCAUGUUUUCUUCACCGGCUCGACUGCAGUGGGCAAGAUCAUCUAUGCCAAGGCGGCGCCGCAUUUGACGACAGUUACUUUGGAGCUGGGUGGUCGUGGUCCUGCCAUUGUCACACCAUCUGCAGACAUUGACUUGGCGGCAAAGAGAAUUGCCAAUGUCAAAUUUAUGAAUGCUGGCCAGAUCUGUGUCGGUGUUAACCACGUCUUCGUCGAUCCAUCCGUCAAACAAAAGUUCAUCGCCGCCCUCACCAAGUACUUUGACCAGUACCGCUCAGGUCAAUCCCGCCAACCAACAUAUGCCACCCGCAUCGUCAACGACCGCCACUAUAAGCGUUUGGAUAACCUCCUUGCCAACACAAAGGGCAAGAUCGUAUACGGCGGCGAGCGAAACCCGGAAACGCGCUUCUUUGCGCCGACCGUGGUCGAUGGCGUCUCUACCGAUGACUCUCUCCUGUCCGAGGAACUGUUCGGUCCCAUCUUGCCCCUAAUUGACGCCACCCUCGAGCAGGCUAUCAACUACACAGCCAAGCACGACCAUCCUCUUGCACUGUACGGCUUCACCUCCUCUCAAGCGGAAAAGGACAAGAUUUUGCGUCUCACAAACUCCGGCGGUGUGACGUUCAACGACGCCGUGCUGCACAUGCUGGUCAAGGAUGCGCCAUUUGGUGGCGUCGGCGCGUCUGGAAUGGGUGCUUACCAUGGCCCCUUUGGCUUCAAAGAAUUCACACACCUACGUACAGUGGUCACUGUUCCAGGAUGGAUGGAGUUGCUUCUUAAAUUCAGAUAUGCCCCGUACACUGAUAAGAAAGCUGCUGCCAUGGUCAAGUUUACCGGUGCGAAGACGAGUGUGCCCUUUGAUAGGAAUGGUAAUGAUGUUAGCGGCUUGGGUGGCUUGCUGGCCAAAUCUUUAGUCGCUGUGCUCUUCUUCUCGCUGUUGAAGUGGAAAGGGUGGUCGGUGACAGAUUUGAUUGAGACCGUGAAGAGGAGGUAG